GAAGCCAUCCCAGAAGAGGACAACGUUGAUGACCUGCACGUUCCUGCUAAAGAUUGUUCAUUUACAUUAAAAUGACUCAGCAAAAACAAGUGAAGAAGUCUUGGUGCUGCGGGUGCUUCGGCUGGCUCUUCGCCAGGCGGAAGCGCCGCAGCCCCUCCGAGGAACCUGACGACAUCGUCGAGGAAACCGAAAACGCGGGUGCCCAGGCCGAUGCAGGGCAACAGGCCCUGGUCUGCCUGAAGAAGGCUGCUCAGCCUCUCGCAGUGGUGGAGGAGGAGAUCCCCUCCGACACCUUGCUGGAUGCUGAUGGGGUGGUGGGGAAGGGCGAAAAGGAGGCCACUGGCAGGAGGCGUCAGACUCUCAUCAUCACAAUCCACUUGGUGAAGAGAGAGAAGGUCCAGAAGCCAGUGGAUGAUACAACAGUCGCACAAAAAGACUGCACGCAAUUGGAGAGCCAUGGCAAGAGGGUUCACACUCUCGUAAUUACUCUGCACAUGGUCAAGAGAGAGAAAAUAAAGGAGGUAUACGAUGAGCUCCCCUCUGGGCACCAAGGCACGGCUGGGGACGCUCCUUCCAGCAGGAGCAAGGCCGUUACCGGCCCACCGGAAAAGAUGCCCCUUAACAGCAGCUUCAAACGGCGGAAUGCAUCUCAAACCCCGGUCAAGAAAAUGAUCAGGUUCAACUUCCAAAACCUGAACACUUUCGUCAAAAUUCGUGAGCUGUACUGUGCCUACGACUACUGCAAGUAUGGCUUCCCUCUCUCCAGCAUUCGUCCUGAGCUGAAAAGCCUAAAGGAGAGAGCAGUGGAGCCACAGGAAGAGCCACCAAAGGAAGCAGUAAACAAACUGCCAGAGGCUCAGAAAACAGUAACAGAGGAAGCAACAGAUUCAGCCAACAAAAUCAAUGAGCCACAACACCUCACAGGGAUCCUCAAGAAAGGAAAGACGGCCAGCACCGCUCAUAAAUGUGUGCGCUUUAACUUCCAGAACCUGAACACUUUCGUCAAGGAUCGUGAGCUGUACUGUGGCUACGACUACUUCAGGUAUGGCUUCCCUCUCUCCAGCAUUCGUCCUGAGCUGGAAAGGCGAAAGGAGAGAACAGUGAAGCCACAGAAAGGGUCAGCAAAGGACGCGGUAAAGAAACACAACACACGACACCAGCAAACAGUUGGAGCAGCUCGCUGUGCACAAAUGAAUACCACUACUGAAGGGAAGUCUCCUAAAGGUAUCCUGAAGAAAGAAAAGAUGCCACGGUCCACCUGUCCAAGACAUGUGUGCUUCAACCUUGGUAACCUCCGCGCCCCCGUUAAGGAACGUGAGGUGUACCGUGGCCACGACACCUUCAGAUACGCCGCGCCGCUCCAAGUCACUCAGCCUCCCAACUUUACCUCGAGGCCUCACCAGCAGCCCGUUAGAUCCGCCUCUAACUCGCUGCGUGGCGCACCUCGGCACCUCGAGAGGCCGACACAGCGGAGCAACGACUCCUUCCAGCAAAACAGUGGCUGGUAUGCUGCACACAACUACACCAACAGCCGCCACUCACAGCACCGCCAGCACAACGCCAGCAGCCACGUCCCGCCCAGAUACGAAACAAGGCAUUUCUACGAGGGACAGACACAUCGGGGCACCAACUCCCGCAGCAGAAGUCGUGCCAAGAGAGGCGCAAAGCCGAGUGGUGGCGAGUUUCUGUGA